AGCUCUCACCGAGCCGAGAGGAAAGUGCGACCUGAAGCUAACUCGGUGAAGAAUUACCCCGCGUUCUCUCUCUCAGACCGGCCGCUCGUUGGAUUUAGGAAGGCGACGCUUUAUGUAUCAGACUUAAAAACCAGAAAGACUCCGACCUCAGACAGGAAGUUUUGUCUGAGAGGCUGGCGUGUGCGCGGGUGCGUGUGUUGUUCUUCUUUCCCGUGUGCGGCUAACGCUAUGAGUACGUUGACUCAGCGGAGUUCGGGCCUCGUGCAGCGACGCACCGAGGCCUCGCGCAGCGCCGCCGCCGCCGACAGAGACAAGAGCGCUCGCGGCGAGGACGACGACGAGCACCGCCGAGAAGAGCAAGAAGACGAUGACAGCGGCGACUCCAAAGAAACCCGACUGACCCUCAUGGAGGAAGUGUUGCUCCUGGGCUUGAAAGACCGCGAGGGCUACACAUCUUUCUGGAAUGACUGCAUAUCCUCAGGACUGCGUGGAUGUAUGCUCAUUGAGCUCGCCUUACGAGGAAGGUUGCAGUUGGAGGCCUGUGGCAUGAGGAGAAAAAGCCUACUCGCCAGAAAGGUUAUUUGUAAAUCUGAUGCUCCAACUGGUGAUGUGCUCCUGGAUGAAGCUCUGAAACACAUUAAAGAGACCCAGCCUCCAGAGACUGUACAGAGCUGGAUUGAGCUCCUUAGUGGUGAAACGUGGAACCCGUUGAAGCUCCACUACCAGCUGCGGAACGUGCGUGAACGCCUCGCCAAGAACCUGGUAGAGAAGGGUGUGCUCACCACAGAGAAGCAGAACUUCUUGCUGUUCGACAUGACGACACACCCGCUCACCAACAGCAACAUCAAGCAGCGUCUCAUCAAGAAGGUGCAGGAAGCCGUGCUGGACAAGUGGGUGAAUGACCCACAGCGCAUGGACAAGCGUCUACUGGCGCUCAUCUUCCUGGCUCACUCAUCCGACGUGCUGGAAAACGCAUUUGCGCCGCUGCUGGACGAGCAGUACGACCUGGCCAUGAAGAGGGUGCGGCAGCUGCUCGACCUCGAGCCUGAGGGCGAGAGCAUGAAGAGUAACGCCAAUGAGCUGCUGUGGGCUGUCGUGGCUGCCUUCACCAAAUGAGGAUACACUUGUAAAGCACUAAAAAAAAACAAACAUUUGACUGGUUACUGAAAAAAAACAGGCAAAAAGGGUUGUAUCUGAAAUGAACGAUAACUCUCUACAGAGCUGUCUCAGUCACACACCCCUCACCCCAUACUCCCCUUUCCUUGCCGAUUACUUGCUUCCCUUCUACGUUCUCUACACAGCCUUGAUCUGGCCAGAGGAAAGCAUGCCUGCCUUUUCCCUCCUCCUUUCAUUCUUAUUUUGUCCAGUUAGAUGCAUGAGGGGUAUUCUCUUCUUGGACCUGUCUGUCUGAAGAUCCUGCAGGAGCAAUUCUAUAUACCCUUUGCCUAACUGGACAAGUGGGCUUUUUUUCUCCCUUUUAUUUUCUCUCUCCGUACUCUGCCCUAAAGGUAGUAUGGGUUUACUUUCUUAUUAAUGCUAAUUCAAAAUUAUAGGUCAGAAAGUGAGUCCCGUCCCCCCCAAUGUUAGCGCGAUCUUACUGUUUGAAUCUUUUUGGAUAGAAAUGCAUACACUCAAUAUGAAUGACGAUAAUAGGACUGGAGGGUUUGAGUCUGUGAUGUAUGGAAAAAGUCUCUGUGUCGAAUGGUUUCAGAUCACUAUCCUCUGCCAGACUUGGCGGCCUUGGUUCAAAGGUUGUGGAGUUCCAGAGAAACCACAAGAUUAUUAAGCACCAAAUACUCCCAUUGGGGCGCAGAUUAGCUCCAGGCCUGUAGUGUUACAUCAGUGCAAUGGUAGUAAUGGCUCCUGGAGUGUGUUUGGGGUUGCUUUCUCUUUUUUUUUUUUUUUUUUUUUUUUCUUUGCAAACGAAACCAAGUUUGAUAACGGAGUCGACUCGUGGAUGGUGCAGCUUGGCCGGCCACCGUAAUCCGUCAAUGCGUCUGACCAGUCAAAAGCAGCCUGAUGAUCUGAUGAAUAGAGAGUGUGUGGAUCCUCUCCAGGGGGGGAAAAAUAGAAGAAAAAUAUUUAAUUCCGUAAAGCUCUCACUUGUUCUUCACAAGUUCGACGUUCCCAAAUUUUUUUUUGUUUUGUUGCUCAGUAGCAUAAAAGGUUUCUAUUUUUCACAGUCAUGAACUUCUUCACUAAUACUUUGAGCGCUACCUCUCAGACCUCUCACACUUCACCCUUUAUUGUUUUAACUGCCUCUCACUGGCUUUGUCACUCACACGCAUUUAUUAAUCUACAGUUUUCUUCUACAUACGUGAAGCCACUGUUAUGUGCCUAAUCUCGGUUACAGGACUUGUGACCUCCACGUUACAAUAUGUACUGUAGCUGUUCCUCAACAUGACAUUCAUGAACACUGAGCGAAUCGCUUUUAAAAAUCCUAGAUCUGUCCCUAAAUCUUAAAUUUUAUGUGUAAGGGGAAUGUCAGGUAUUUAGGCUUCAAUUUUUUUAUUAUUUUUUUUUCCCCCUUCAUCUUUCCUGUCCUUUCACAUUUGCUGUGUGAAGAAGGGAUGUUUUGUUUUCUUCAUUUUUGCUCUCGGAUAUCUACCAGCCUCUGUAGAGUACUUUUAUCAGAUUGCUGUCUUUAUUUAGACAGGGAGCUAUCCACAAAAUCCUCACAACUACAUUAGUUUUUAUCGUACGGUCAGAAAGAGGGGUUUAAAUAGAGUAUGCAAGACGUUUCACGCCAGUAUCAAUGUUGCAAGUCGGUCUAUAUAAGUUUGCUAAUUUUUCCCCCCAGUUUUCAUGUUUAUGUAUUCCUCUCUUACAGACUGAUUCACCAAUAAUAAAAUAAAAAAAAACUUUAAUGACCAUUUUGAUUGAGA